AGUAGUGCUGUCAAACUCAGCUGUGCCUCCAUCCUCUGAAGCUCCGUCUCUCUCUGACUCUGAUUAAUCGCUGUUUGUUUUAAUAAGGACAAUGACGUCGUCUGCACGUGUUAAUUUCUGCAUUGUUCUAAUAAUCGAUUAGUUUAUUUAUUUCACCGCUCGGACAGAACUGGAGAAUCUGAUCGAUCCUCAGACCAGAGCGACGGGGAGCGGGCUCUCUCCUCCCACCGGACUCCUCUUGGUCCAGCAGCGUUUUAUCGGUCUGUCCGUGUGACUGAGCAAGGACUACUUUUUCUGCAGGAAAAAACCCUCCACUACAACUUUCCAGCUGUAACAACUUCGCCGUCUCCUUCCUGUGUCUUCUGUCCGGCGCGCCCGUCGAUGCUCGUGCACAUGGCGGUGUCCAAAAGUGCGGGAACCCUGCGGGACCUUCAGCUGGCCCUGCAGCUGAAGAUCGAGGAGCUGCGACAGAGGGACGCUCUCAUCGACGAGCUGGAGCUGGAGCUGGACACCAAGGAUGAUCUGAUCAGACAGCUGCAGAUAGAGCUGGACCGGCACCGCAGCGCCUCGCAGCACGCAGCCAACUCUGCAGACACGACAAACACAGAAGGAGCGGCGGUCCAGACAACAGCAACAACUGAUGAGCCUCAGCGCACCAAGAGACAGGCCAUCUCAGCGGAGCCCACGGCGCUGGACCCCUCCCAGCUCACUGACGUUACCCUCACCAGCUACUGCAAGUCAAAAGAGUCCAGUGAGCUGAUCCAGAGGGCGCUAAUGGACAACGACUUCAUGAAACACCUGGAACACGGGCAGAUCCUCACCAUCAUGGACUGUAUGCAUCCCACCAGCAUCACCAAAGGCUGCUGCGUGAUCCAGGAGGGAGAUGACGGCUCGACAGUCUACGUUCUGGAGGAGGGGAUGGUCGAGGUGACGAAACAAGGGAAGAAACUCUGCACCAUCGGUCCAGGAAAAGUGUUUGGAGAACUCGCCAUCCUCUACAACUGCACCCGCACAGCUACUGUAACAGCUCUGACUGACAUCAAGCUCUGGGCGAUCGACCGACAGGGUUUCCAGACCAUCAUGAUGAGGACUGGUCUCAUCAAACAUUCCCAGUACACAGACUUCCUCCGCAGCGUUCCCUCUUUUCAGUCGCUACCCGAGGACGUCCUCAGUAAACUGGCUGAUGUUUUGGAGGAGACUCAUUACACUGACGGUGAUUACAUUAUCCGUCAGGGAGCCACCGGAGACACAUUCUUCAUCAUCAGUGAAGGACAGGUGAGAGUCUCUCAGCAGAACGCAGCCGGCGACGAGCAGGUGACCGAGAAGACGCUCUCUAAAGGAGACUGGUUCGGAGAGCAGGCGCUGAAAGGGGAGGACGUUCGAACCGCCAGUGUCACCGCCGUGGGAGACGUCACAUGUCUGGUCAUCGACAGAGAGUCUUUCAAGCAGCUGAUUGGAGGACUGGACGACGUCAACAACAAGCAGUACGACAGCGACGAGGUCAAAGCGAAGCUGCAGGCGGAGGCCGACUUCUUCUCCAGCGUCUCACUCAGCGAUUUCAAUAUCAUCUGCACCCUGGGGAUGGGAGGCUUCAGCCGCGUGGAGCUGGUGCAGUUAAAGGACGACCUCGAUCGGUCGUUCGCCCUCAAAGUGUUGAAGAAGCGUCACAUCCUGGACACGAGCCAGCAGGGCCACAUCCUGUCAGAGCGCCGCAUCAUGAUGGAGGCUCACAGUCCCUUCAUCAUCAGGUUGUACCAGACCUUCAGAGACUCUAAAUACCUCUACAUGCUGCUGGAGGCCUGUCUGGGAGGAGAACUGUGGACGCUGCUGAGAGACAGGGGUUCGUUUGAUGACGGCACCACUCGGUUUUACACGGGCUGUGUCGUCGAGGCGCUGGCUUUCCUGCACACCAGAGGAAUCAUCUACAGAGACCUCAAACCUGAGAACAUCAUCCUGGACCACAGGGGAUACGCCAAGCUGGUGGACUUUGGCUUCGCUAAGAAGGUGGGUCUGGGUAAGAAGACGUGGACGUUUUGUGGGACUCCUGAGUACGUGGCCCCUGAGAUCAUCCUGAACAAAGGCCACGACAGCUCAGCGGACUGCUGGUCUUUGGGGAUACUGGUCUUUGAGCUGCUCAGUGGCAGUCCUCCAUUUUCCGGCUCUGAUCCCAUGAAGACCUACAACAUCAUCCUGAGAGGCAUCGACAUGAUCGAGUUUCCUAAAAAGAUCACCAAGAGCGCCGCCAACCUCAUCAAACGGCUCUGCAGGGACAAUCCGUCAGAGAGGCUGGGGAAUCAGAAAAACGGCGUGAAGGACAUCCAGAAACACAAGUGGUUUGAGGGCUUCAACUGGGACGGCCUCCGCCAGGGAACCAUCGACUCUCCGUUCACACCCACAGUGGACGGGCCUCUGGACAACAGCAACUUUGACUAUUUCCCAGAGGACAGUGAUGACUCUCCUCCUGAUGAAGAGUCCGGUUGGGACCUUGAGUUUUAAAAUGAAAAACAGCAGGAACAGGGUUCUUCAGAAAGAGGAAGUGAAGCCAUAUGAAAGAGAAGGAAUGAAAGUCAGAGGACAGAACAAGACAUUAUUAUUAAACAACAUAUACACCAACCAGCCACAACAUUAAAACCGGUUCAUGUUGUGGCUGAUCGGUGUAUGAACAUGUAUUUAAGCUAAGCAGCCAAACAGGGUUCUGUUAGAACAAAAUAACUGAUAAAUAAGUCUGAUCUUAUAUUUUUCCUGCACACUCUGAAUAAAAUGACUAAUUAACUCUAUAGUGUAAUGAACAGUGUUGUUUCCUUAUUUCCUUUGCUUUCUACGUGGAUCAUCAACUGGUGAAGAUGUUGACUUUUUUUUAACUGGGACCUACAGUAUUUGUUUUAGCUUUGGUCAGAUAUUAUGUGUUUAGCCGUCAAAUGCAUUGAAUUGAACUGAUCCAAAUCACAGAUAGCCUGUAGCUAAUAUUUGCUAAGGCAGGCUAAUUUUAGCUAACAAGCGAGGUGGGCUAAUUUUGGCUAAUUUUAGCUAACAAGUGAGGCGGGCUAAAUUAAGCUAACAUGUUAGGUGGGCUACUAGCUAACAAGCGAGGAGGGCUAAUUUAAGCUAACAUUUGGGGUGGGUUAAUUUUGGCUAACAAACAAAGGGGGCUACUAGCUAACAAGCGAGGCGUGCUAAUUUUAGCUAGCAAACGAGGCAGGUUAAUUUUCAUUUGCAAGCGAGGCGGGCUAAUUUAAGCUAACAAGCGACGCAGGCUAAACUUGCUAGCAAACGAGGCAGGGUGAUUAUAGCUCGCAAGCGAGGGGGGCUAAUUUUAGCUAACACCAGUCAGGCUAACUUUGACGACAGAUCCAGCAAAAUACCUAUGACGUCAAUCUAAAAUUGGUUGAAAGUAAUAUAUGUUAAUUUGUUUUGUGUUCUGAUUUACUUUUUGUGUUGGUGCCAGUGAUUUUUUUCUAUUUUCAGUAAAACAUUGUGUGAGUAUAUUUGGGCCAAAGUCUGGCCGACCUCGUUUUAACUAUAAAAUCACCAUCUAAUCAACACCUGGUGUUUGAUGAUAAGAUGUUCAAACACUGAAAAGCCAGUCAGAAACUAAUGGAGCUAAAAGUUUCUUCAAACAGUCAUUUCUGCAAAAUCACCGGUUAUCAACUUAAACGAGAUGUCUGAUCAGUUAUUUCCAAAAUGAUGGUGAAUUUUGAUCAUAAAUCAUCAUUGUGAACUGAACACGUCCCUGUGAGAACAGAACGUUUGACAGGAUUGUGGUCUGUUUCCAGCUGUGUUGUUGACAGUUUAACUGACCAUCAAAAAGGUAUUUUUCUGCAUUUUUUUCCCACUAAAACCACACGUGGGUUUUUCUAGAAGCAAGUUAUAUUUUAGUCUAGUUUUGGUUUGGUCAGUGACUGACUGACUAAUCUGUAGAUGUGCCCUCAGGCUGACUGCUUAUUGGUUAGUCUGUUUGUAUUGUACACUUCAGCAUGGAGGUGGUUUGCAUAUUUCAACUUUUUUGUGGUAUUUUGCUGAAACCCAUUCUCAGAAUAGCAUCUCUACACUGAUAAUGACAUGCCCUCGCUCGUGGUUUCUUGGACUGAAUUGUGAUCUGUGUUCAGUUUCACUGUUUGUAUGAUGCUUUCAAAUGAAUCAGGGAAUUAGUUGAAGAUUAAAACAAUACAGCUGACUGAA